CCGCGCCCGUCCCGCCCCGCACACGGGCGAGCGCGGGAGCCGCAGGCACACGGAGCGCGCCCGCCGGCGGGCCAUGGCCGCGGGGGCCGCCGCAGGUGGGGGCGCGCGGUGAGGCGAGCGCGGCGCCCGCGCCGGGCGGAUGGGACGCGGCUGGGCGGGCGGGCGGUGCCGGCGUCCGCGGCUGGAAUGGUGCUGGCGGCGGCGGUCGGUGCCUGCGUUCUGACGCCCGAGAGGAGCCACCAUGGAGACGCCGCCGCUGCCUCCCGCAUGCACAAAGCAGGGUCAUCAGAAGCCUCUCGAUUCAAAAGAUGAUAAUGCGGAAAAACACUGCCCCGUGGCAGUGAGCCCCUGGCACAUGAAGAAGGCUUUCAAAGUCAUGAACGAGCUGCGGAGUCAAAAUUUGCUGUGUGAUGUCACAAUUGUGGCGGAAGACAUGGAGAUCUCUGCACACAGGGUGGUGCUGGCCGCCUGCAGUCCCUACUUUCACGCCAUGUUUACAGGUGAGAUGAGUGAGAGCCGAGCAAAGAGGGUUAGGAUAAAAGAGGUGGACGGCUGGACCCUGAGGAUGCUCAUCGAUUACGUUUACACCGCAGAAAUCCAGGUUACGGAAGAAAAUGUGCAGGUUCUUCUCCCGGCAGCUGGUCUGUUACAGCUACAGGACGUGAAGAAGACUUGCUGUGAGUUUUUGGAGUCCCAGCUUCACCCUGUCAACUGCCUAGGCAUCCGGGCUUUCGCGGACAUGCACGCUUGCACGGAUCUCCUGAACAAGGCCAACACCUACGCAGAGCAACAUUUUGCAGACGUCGUACUUAGUGAAGAAUUUCUCAACCUUGGCAUUGAACAAGUCUGCAGCUUAAUCUCAAGUGACAAACUGACCAUUUCCUCAGAAGAGAAGGUGUUCGAGGCAGUCAUCGCGUGGGUGAGCCACGACAAGGACGUGCGGCAGGAGUUCAUGGCUCGGCUGAUGGAACACGUGCGGUUGCCGCUGCUUCCUCGCGAGUACCUGGUCCAGAGGGUGGAGGAGGAAGCCUUGGUCAAGAACAGCAGUGCUUGCAAAGACUACCUCAUCGAGGCCAUGAAGUACCACCUGCUGCCGACGGAGCAGCGGGUGCUGAUGAAGAGCGUCCGGACCCGGCUGAGGACACCCAUGAACCUUCCCAAGUUGAUGGUGGUGGUCGGGGGCCAGGCGCCGAAGGCCAUCCGGAGCGUGGAGUGCUACGACUUCAAGGAAGAGAGGUGGCACCAGGUGGCAGAGCUGCCCUCCAGGAGGUGCAGGGCAGGGAUGGUCUACAUGGCUGGGCUUGUUUUUGCUGUUGGUGGCUUUAAUGGCUCGUUAAGGGUCCGCACCGUGGAUUCCUACGACCCCGUGAAGGACCAGUGGACCAGCGUCGCCAACAUGCGAGACCGGAGAAGCACUCUGGGCGCCGCAGUGCUGAAUGGGUUGUUGUACGCCGUGGGAGGCUUUGAUGGGAGCACAGGGUUGUCCUCAGUGGAAGCUUACAACAUAAAGUCCAAUGAGUGGUUUCAUGUCGCUCCGAUGAACACCAGGAGGAGCAGUGUCGGCGUGGGCGUCGUCGGAGGUUUGCUCUAUGCCGUGGGUGGGUAUGACGGAGCCUCCCGCCAGUGCCUGAGCACAGUGGAGUGCUACAACGCCACGGCCAACGAGUGGACCUACAUCGCGGAGAUGGGCACCAGGCGGAGCGGAGCCGGUGUUGGUGUGUUAAACAACUUACUGUAUGCUGUCGGAGGUCACGAUGGCCCUUUAGUACGAAAAAGUGUUGAAGUAUAUGAUCCCACCACUAAUACAUGGAGACAGGUUGCAGAUAUGAACAUGUGCAGAAGAAAUGCAGGUAUUUGUCUGGUUUUAGAUUAUAAAAUUUAUACUGAAUUUUAUUUAAAGCUGUGCUAA